AUGUUUUCUGGUUCAAAAAGUAAUGACUUGCAUCAGAGGGGUGCUGGCGUGCACCCUUCUCAGUUGCCUUGGGACAAAGGCAGCAAUUCCACAGCGCAAACUGCUUACUUCCAUGAUGUUUCUCCUGUUUCUCCUCACACCUUUGGAGUUCCCAGUGGCACCCGAGUCUGCGAAGCAUUUUGUUUCCCAGCAGCUUUUACAAACACCUUUGGCCGAGGGAAGGUCUUCGCAACUUGGACUGGUACCUCCGCAAAAGCGUGCACUUCCACGUGCCGCAAAAAAGUCAAGCCAUUAAGCUGUUUGGCUAGCAAUGCAAAUGUCAGCUACGAAACGUUGUCACUUCCUUGCAAGGACAUCUCAACUUCAGACCAUUCCACGUGA